AUGAGGGAAACUCUGAGUUAUCCGUUGCAGAAAGAGAGAAAGCAGUUGGAUUGCCCAUUCAUUAGAAAUCCAAUCGACAUCAAAGCCGUAUUGAUUAGAAAUGCAUUACGUCAUGAGAGAAUCUUCCGACCCAGAUUAGACGUUUUAUCAUUUCCCGAGGAUUUUCUUUUCGAACGCUACCGCUUUUCAUCCAACAGUAUCAUUUAUCUCAAUAACCUUCUCCGGCCAUAUAUCACUAACCUCACACACCGCAGACAAGCACUCACAUCAGAGCAAAUUUUAUGCAUAGCGCUACGUAUGUUUGGAAACGGCAGUUUUCUUUAUAACAUCGGGGAUGCAGAGCAUUACGGAAUGGCAACAGUGUGUAGAGCUGUGAGGAAGGUAACCCUCGCACUUGGGGUAAGUAGCUUAAUUAGCUGUCAUUUUGCUGGCCUUCCAAAUGUGAUAGGAUGCAUAGAUGGGACACAAAAGAUCAUAUGUGAUGCAGCUUCUCUUAUUACAAAUGUAGAAGCUAAGUGGCCUGGCUCAGUUCAUGAUUCCCGGAUCUACCGGGAGUGUAGUCUGAGCAACAGAUUUGCACGUGGAGAUUUUGAUGGCUACCUGCUGGGGGAUCGAGGCUAUCCAUGCCAGCCCUCUCUGUUGACCCCUUACCCUGACCCUGAGCCGGCGCCCCAACAACGUUUUAAUGUGGCCCACUGCAGGACGAGAGCCCGGGUUGAGAUGACCAUAGGCAUACUCAAAUCCCAGUUCCAGUGCCUACGUAAGCUCAGGGUCACCCCAGAGAGGGCAUGUGACAUCAUUGUGGCAUGUGUUGUUCUCCAUAAUAUUGCAAUUAUUAGAGGAGAGCAACACCCUGCCGUACAAAUCAACGACGCUGAGGAUGACCAUCCCAUCCCUGCAGAUGUUCAGGAUGGAAGGGCUGUAAGAGACCUCAUCGCCCGAAACCACUUUUGA